AUGGGGAGAAUACCCCAUGCCGCAUUUAGUGCCGUAAACUCAGUACUUGCAAAGUCAAUAACAGAUAAUGUCUUGCUAAUUCAAGAGACAAUCUUUGAUCUUCUUCCUACCAUUCGGCGGUUCUGGGUUACAAAGUCUAGCCCGCUGAGAGACGAAAUGUUAAUGACCUUGAUGCUUGGGAGCGAUGUUCUAACCAAACACAAGGCCUCCCCUGAACUACCUAUUGAAGCUUUGCAAGGCCUAGCUGACCAAAUUCACCGAACUUACGUACGAUUGCCAGAGAAAGACAUUUUGCAAGUCGACGAUCUGAUAUUCAACUUUGAAUCGAGCCCAAUUCCAAUGGCCCUUAAAUUUAUGGCCCCUCGCAUUACCGUGGGUAAAUCCUUGCAACAUUGGAUGACUCUAUCAACGGUAGCAAAUCUCUUAAAGCUCCUGGAUAACUUUUAUCUCCAUUCUAAUCGUCCGAAAGUGGAUGGGGAAUCGAACAAGAGGCAGCAAUUUAUGUCAAGGAUCGACGAUAUCUUCCGUGAUGCGUCAUUGGCCCCUGCUGUAAACCGAAUAGCUGCGCUUCAAAUUAUCCCAUUUGUCCUCUCUCGAGUGGAACUCAGCUCUGAACGCGUUUCAUCAUUGAUGCAGCUACUUACUGUCAACGUUCUUGAUGAAAGCCCAACGGUGUCUUCUUGGGCAAUGAUUGCCAUUGCAAGUGUUGCUAGUUGCGAAUCUGCAUGCUCGGAUGAGCUAAAAGCGAACUGGGCCCAUAUGUGGGAGUUAGCAUCUCGCACUUUACCAUCCCCUGGCACAACCCGCGCUGCAUGCACGCUAAUGUGCGCCAUUAUUCAUUACCAGCUACUAGGUUAUGUUGACAUUGUAAGCACAUUCGAAUCUGUUAUAUCGUCGGUGGAUCUCAAUGGGCCUUCCACCCUCACCGAUUCCGCGCUAUAUCUUUGGACCACUAUGAUGGAUUUAAGAUUAAAGACAAACCCGGCGCAAAGCCAAGAGAUGGCCAAACAGAUUUGCGGCUGGCUAAAGACAACUUGGACAAUCGGUCCAGUUACUGAUAGGCUUCAUGCGUCUCAGAUUGCCUGGUUUGCGCGACCUUUGAGCAUACUCAACUUGCUUAUAUCUUGUACUGGCAGAAACUUCAUUACUUUGACUCCCAGUUUCCACGGCCCGCUUUCUCGAUUGGCCAAAAUGUGGAUUUUCUAUAAUCAGAAGCGCAAAUUGGCUAAAUAUCUACUUCUCAUCGAUCCUCAAGAUUGCUUCGAAUGCUCCACUGAGACUUUCCAAGGAAGCAUUGAUAUCUCGCCUUCUACAAGGUCUAAUCCUCAUGACGCGAUUGUUUUAGACCUCCUUCAGACUAGACUUGAUUCGUUUGGCCAGGUUUGGACGCAAUCUUUUGCAGAUAAAUCUAGCCACACCACUGCCGAGACCCUUCAGACUUUGGUAUCUCUGUGUGUGAUCAUAUACUCGUUUAUCGAAUUCGUUCCUUCUCACUCUUUUCGUGCCGAGAAUCUAAGCCGCGCUACUGAUACUUUGUGGGGGAGUCUUUGCGAACAUAUGUCCCACGAUGCGGAGUCGCUUGAGCAUUGCUUGGACGUUUUGUCUCCUCUAAUAUUAUCGUUGGAGCUUCCUUUUAAUCGAAAAAGCAUCAUUCUACUGGCCCUUAGUAAAUUGUCGUCAGGGUUGUUACCACUUCUGAACAAUCGGCGCCAACUGGAAAGGGACGGAGUAGGGACAGGCGAAGCAAUGGACCUUGAUGAUCAGUUUUCGUCCCAGGAGAGCAACUAUGCUCAGACGCAAAUUGUCUCAAAAUAUAACCGCGAGGACAGUGGCAUGGUUAUUUUCGAGGACACUGACUCCAUCCGGAUAGCGACUACAAUCCAGCUUUCACUUCUCGAAAAGUUUUCUACUGUUAGUGACCCUACGGAGCUCAGCGCUUUCAUUAGCAGCUAUAUCGAAACUUGGGAUGAGGUCGAUAUACUGGCUGGAUGGCCAUAUUUGUGCAAAUUUGUGAACUGUAUGCCUGGCAUCCCUCGGGCCGAUGCAUGCAACUUGAUAGAAUAUUUUGGUGAGCAAUGCCUCCAGUCCUAUAACCUCGAACGGUGCGAAGCGUCAAUGUGUGCUUGUAUACAAUUAAUAGCGUGCUUUGUCGAGCUUUGGACAACAAACGAGAACGAUGACCUUUACGAUUCCGCAUCGGAUAUCUACAUGUGGUUUGUUGAUGUGUUGAUAGGGAAAGGAGUGGGAACCUCCCAAGCCUUGAUCAGGCUUGCAGGACUGUUAAAACAAGUGCUCAACAUUAAUCCAAAGUUUCUUAGGGAAAAUCGCUGCCCUUCUCCUCGGACAAGCCUGUUCAGCAUUCUCCGCGACGGCGACUUGGUAGUAAAAUUCCACGUUUCGAGUUUGAUUCCUGGAAUAUUCGGCGGGUUUGUUCUAAAAGAACAUGACGCAAUUUUCGAUGACAUUCUGGAAAGCCUUCCUCGGGAUCGUGAGUGGGAUGAGGGAAUAGCAUUGCGCUUGUUCGUUCUUGCUAAGCUUGCAUCACGCUGGCACACGCUACUUCGCCGGAGUAUAUACCAUAUAUUUGAGACUCCGGGUCAAGUGCCGUCAUCUACGUCUUAUGCCAAAGCUUGCCUACAGAAUGUUUCCGAAGCACUAGGGCUGAAUGAUGCGAGAGAAAUAUUUAAACUAUUCUCUUCUCAGAUCAUUUAUACAUGGUUAGAGACGCAGUCCCUCACAAAACUGCCAUUUGGCGUAUUCGGUUAUCUCUCACUUAGAGAUUUACUUGUCGAUAUUCAAGAUGAAGUCAUUGCCCAGAUGGUUAUGCGUGUCAAAGACGAAGACAUGACUGAAAUUUCUGCAUGUCUAGGGUCGUCUUUUCCAAACUUAUUAACCGAAUCAUUUUACAAAGCUGAGGCCUACAGCAUUGCCCGCGAUAUCAGCAUGCCCCCAUCUCAAGAUCCCAAGCUAAGAGGCUCAGAAAGUGGGAUGAAAAAACUACUGGGACCCGAUAAAUUCUUGAGUCUUGUGGAGAGGUUCUUCCCCGAAAUCGUCGCUGUUAUUUUCAAGUCUAUGGAUCAAACUGAGCAGAUCGAGAGAGCAUUUGCGAAGCGUCCUCGAUUCCAACGUGCUGGUAAUACAUUAAAAAAUAUUUGCGAGAGAAGCGCAUCCGACGCCAUUUUACCGAUUGGCCAGCAGCCAUCAUUUCGGGCAAGAUACCUAAUAGACGAACUGGAAUUCCUUUCCAAACGCACUGGCUACGACCUCGAGUCAAUGUGGACCCCGGCACUUGUCUCUUUUGUGGCAAGGGAACUCAUAGAAUCGAUACAUCCAGCAUUGGGAUCAUUGCAUGCAUGUGCUAUUAUUCGAAAACUGAGAGCCCUUGUCUGUAUCGCUGGGCCGUUAGCCUUAGAAGAUUAUCCUCUCGAAAUGCUUUUGCAUUGUCUCGGCCCGUUUCUCACUGAUUUCCAAUGCUCCACAGAUGCAAUUGGCGUUUUCUGGUACUUAAUAGACUCGGGACGAGAGCACCUCUCCUCUAACCCUUCUUUCCUAGCUGGUCUAGCUGUUUCCACGCUCGCUUCCCUUCGAGGAUUUCUCUCUUCUAAGCACGACAGUACAACACAAGAAACCCAUUUUCGUGCAACGAUGUCCAAGGCGGAGGCGUUUCACCGUUGGUUCUCGGAAUUCUUGGAUGAAUACCAGGCACCGGCACUCAACGAGGAAGAAAAAACGUCAUUGCGAAAAAUAAUCAGAUCGUCUCAAAACAUUCGCCUUGCUGGCAAUGCUUCCAAAAGCACGUACGAAGGUGAACUUAUGGUGGAACUCCUGCAAGAUAAAGUUUCUGGAAGGAAGUUGUUGAGUAGUCCAGCUUCAGACCUGGUGUUUUCUCGGCUAUGCCAUGACUUUCAGAGACCUAAUACCUUCCGUGACGAUGUUUUGGGCGACGAUAAAGCUGCCUGUUCAAAUACACUCGGAUUGUGGACUUCGUUGGAGAACAACUCACUUGGCUCUGGCUAUAGACUUUGGGUGGCCAGAGCGCUCGGAAGAUCAUACGCAGCCACAGGCGUAGUUAGUGAACUGUUACUUCGGGAACAGCGGGUUGAAUUCCCUGAGGGCUUUAACGAGGACAAUCUCGUGAACUCCAAAGUGUCGAUUCUUCACUCCCUAUGUGAUUGUCUUUUUUCAAACAAUCACCGAAGUGUCGGGCUUGCGGAGAGGACUUUGCAGAUGAUCAUGGAUGGAUUAACUAAAAAGAGCGGUUUUGAGGAGUGCGAAGAGGCUAUUCCCGCAUCUUUGAUGAAGGCACUGGUUUGGGCUCCCUAUCGUUGUCCUGAAUUGGCUCUGGGAGAAACUGAGAAAUCAUCCAUUGACCCUAAUUUGCGCUGGAUGCCGUCUGUGUCCGUUCUCGAAUUCGCUAAAGCAUUCUCACUGGCCCUGUCCCUGAGAGCAACCGGUGAUCCUGUGGUCGGGGCACUACAACCUAUCCUAUUCGCAAUUCCUACUCUCGCGGCACAGCUGCUUCCGUAUGUUCUUCAUGACGUAUUGCUGCUGGAAAGCGAUGGGAGCCAAAAGACCCGACAAGCGGUAUCAGCUGUGUUUCGGGAAGCGUUCCGUGAUGCCCAAGAAUGCACCCUUCCACAUAUCCGGCUAAUAAUUUAUUGCAUUCUUUAUCUUCGGCAUCAACCACUCCCUAAUGAGUCCACGAUGGAUGAGAGAGAUAACUGGCUUGAUAUUGAUUUCAUAGAUGCUGCAUAUGCAGCCACCAAAUGCCGGAUGUAUAAAACUGCUCUCUUAUUCGUGGAGAUUAAUCAUUCACGUAUUGCUACGUCUUCUCGAAGGUCAUCGGCUGUCAAAUUUGUGGAACCUACAGAACUGCUUCACAAUAUCUUCUCAAACAUAGAUGACCCCGAUAUGUUCUAUGGUGUCCACCAAGAACCUUCGAUCGAAACUGUCCUUGGAAAGCUAGGCUACGAGAGCUCCGGGCUGAAAAAUCUGGCUUUCCAGAGUGCGUAUUAUGAUACAAGCAUGACUAUUGAUGGAAAUUCCGAUGAUACAAGCGCUCUUGGGAUUCUCAAAGCUUUGAAUUCAACGAAUUUUCAGGGCAUAGCAAAUGCUAUGUUCCGUGCACCAGGUGUAGGUGAAAGGCGGCCCGAAGUUUUUGAUAGCAUGCUCUCCACAGCUUUGUGCCUUAAACAGUGGGAUAUCCCAAUACCUAAUACCACCUCUCCUACUGGCAACAUUUUCAAAGCUUUGCAAAGCUUAAACACAUUCGAAGAAAAAGCUCAGCUAGUACAGGUUUUGGAUGAAUGCUUUCUAGACAUGCUUGGUUGCUUAUCAAAGGAAAACCAGUCACUUUCGUCUCUCAAGGACACAAUGCAAGCCCUGGGGGUGUUGUCUGAAUUAGAUGAAAUUCUCUCCUCCGAAUCAUACCAGCAAGUUGCGGAUAGCUGGGAGAGGGUGUUAAAUCGGAGCCUAUGGCUAAAAUUUGAAAGUUUUCACGAUAUUGGGCAAAUUCUAGCUAGCCAUGAAGCAAUCUUCUCAAUGAUUAGCCGAAAACCUCAUUUGCGGACAAUGUUAGCCACAAAUGCCCGAGAUGCGCAACUUUUAGAAGUUAAAGCAAUCCGGGAAUCUCUAAGGAUCAGCCGAGAACACGAUGUCCAUCAGGCUUCUCUUAAGUCCGCUAUGCUGUUGACGAAGUUGAUUGAGCCGUGCUCUCAGCUCGGAGUCGAGAUUGAUGCGGCGGUGACUUUAGAUAUGGCAAAUGUGCUAUGGGACCAAGGGGAAAUGACAACUUCCAUUAAGAUGCUGCAGCAACUCAGUGAGAAACGUGACGUGCACAAGCAAUCAAUUCCCGUGAACCGCGCAGAGAUCUUAGCUAGCUUGGGACAUCAUAUUGCCGAGGCGAGGCUCGAAAAGCCCGAUGUUAUCAUUCAAGAUUAUUUGAGUCCAGCCAUUAGAGAGCUCAAAGGACAUCUCGAUGGAGAGGAAGCAGGUCUUGCUUUCCACGAAUUUGCUGCCUUUUGCGAUCAACAGUUACAAAAUUCUGACAUGUUGGAAGAUUUCAAACGUAUAGAACAAAUCCGUCAUCGAAAAGAGAAAGAAGUCCAAGAUCUGGAGCAAAUGAUGAAAGCAGCCCAAGGAAAAGAGAGAGACCAACUACGAAUCUAUCGAUCGAAAGCUAAACAGUGGUUUGAUCUUGAUGAUCGCGAAUAUCAACGCUUGAAGCAAAGUCGAGAGACUUUCAUGGAGCAAUCCCUCGAGAACUAUCUGCUUUCACUUAAAGCCUGUGAUACCUUCAGUAACGAUGUCCUUCGUUUCUGUGCCUUGUGGCUUGAUAACUCGAACAGUGAAACUGCCAAUAAAGCUGUCGCUAAGUAUUUAUCGCAAGUUCCAAGCAGAAAAUUUGCACCUUUGAUGAACCAGCUUUCAUCUCGAAUUCUGGACGUUGAUGAUAGUUUUCAACCUCUUUUGUUUGACUUGGUAUUCAGAAUUUGCAUGGAACAUCCAUACCAUGGGAUGUACCAAAUCUUCGCUAGCAGCAAAUCAAAGGCCGGAAAGGACUCGAUGGCGAAAUCUCGUUACAACGCUGCAGGGAAACUCGUUGAACGACUUAAGAGCGAUCGGGCUGCAGGUCCAACAUGGGUUGCAAUCCACAACACUAAUAUCAGCUAUGUACGGUUCGCGAUGGAAAAGGCGGAUGAGAAGGUCAAGACUGGGUCUAGAGUACAGCUCCGAAAAUCCAUCACAGGUCAACGACUGGAGCACGAUGUUACCAGGCAGAAAAUCCCACCUCCAACCAUGAAGAUCCAACUUCGUGCAGAUUGCGAUUAUAGCAAUGUCCCGCGCCUUACAAAGUUUCUGCCGGAGUUUACGGUUGCGUCGGGAGUCAGUGCGCCUAAGAUAGUCACAGCUAUUGCGUCCGAUGGACUGCGCUACAAACAAUUGUUUAAAGCGGGCAAUGAUGAUUUACGCCAGGACGCUAUAAUGGAACAGGUCUUUGAACAAGUCAGUAAUCUACUUCGAUCUCACCGAACUACCCAACAGCGCAACCUUGGUAUUAGAACCUAUAAGGUUCUUCCCCUUACUGCUAAUGCCGGUAUCAUCGAGUUUGUGCAAAAUACUCUCCCGUUACAUGAUUAUUUAAUGCCCGCACAUCAGAAGCACUUUCCUCGGGAUAUGAAGCCGAAUGCUUGCAGAAAGCACAUAAGUGACGCGCAGACGAAAUCGUUGGACCAACGGCUCAAAAUCUACCGGCAAGUGACGGACCACUUCCAUCCAGUCAUGAGAUAUUUUUUCAUGGAGAAAUUUCAAAACCCAGACGACUGGUUUAGCAAACGGCUAGCGUACACGCGAAGCACGGCAGCGAUAUCUAUUCUUGGACAUGUGCUUGGCCUUGGUGAUCGCCACGGUCAUAAUAUCCUUCUUGACGAAACAAAUGGCGAGGUAGUGCAUAUCGACUUGGGUGUAGCGUUUGAGCAAGGCCGCGUUUUGCCCGUCCCAGAAGUGGUUCCGUUUCGACUCACUCGCGACCUUGUUGAUGGAAUGGGAAUCACCAAGACAGAAGGAGUAUUCAGACGCUGUUGCGAAUUUACCCUGGAAGCUUUACGUCAGGAAUCUUACCGCAUUAUGACCAUUCUUGACGUGUUACGGUAUGAUCCUUUGUAUAGCUGGUCAUUGUCUCCGCUUCGCAUGAAGAAAAUGCAAGAUACGCAGGAGGCUGCUGGCGGAGCAGAAGCUGUAAGCGAGGGCGGGAAAGGGGCAGUGAACGAACCAAGCGAGGCGGAUCGAGCUCUAACAGUGGUGGCUAAGAAAUUGGGCAAAACGCUGAGCGUGGCCGCAACAGUUAAUGAGCUGAUUCAGCAGGCUACGGACGAAAGAAAUCUUGCUGUAUUAUAUUGCGGGUGGGCUGCAUAUGCAUAG